AUGCAGACCACCCUCCUCCUGAUCUCCAUCUGUGAUGAAAUUGAUCGGAGGAUUCGGCAAUUUAUCUGGUGUUCGACAGGUGAUAGCAGAAAGAUCCACUUGGUCCACUGGGAGAGGGUUUGUCAGCCCAAAGGAGAGGGUGGUCUCGGCUUCAGAAAGGCGAAUGAGCUCAACCUUGCUUUCCUAGCUAAACUGGCUUGGCAAUUUGUCAAAAGGCCGGGCAAGCUGUGGGUGAAGGUGCUACAAGCCAAGUAUUUCAAACAGGUGAACGGAGUGCUUGCACCAAAAUCGAUGGCCAGAGCCUCGAACCUGUGGAGAGGCAUGAGAAAGGCGUGGCCGAUUGUCGAGGCUGGAACGCUAAUGAGCCACAAGGACGACCUAUCUACCAAUUUUUGGACCGACCAGUGGGUGCAGCCAAGCGUCAUCCUCCUUAACCACCUACGUGAAGAUUGCCCGCCGAUAGAACCCCACACGCCAGUCGCCACUUUUGCUAAUGAUGGUAAGUGGGAUCUAUCCCUGCUCUCGUUGUAUCUAUCGGAUGAGGCUCUUUUGAUGGUUGCAGGAACACAACCACCUAUAGAUAACAGUGGGGAGGACGUACCUGUAUGGGGGCCGGAAAGCAAUGGGAAGUUUAGCGUUCGCUCUGCCUACAGCCUAGUCGCAUCUUAUGCGGAAGGGAUGAGUACGUUAGGGUGGAAGGCGAUUUGGAAUUGGAGAGGGCCGGAGCGGGUACGCCAUUUCAUAUGGCUGGCGAAGCGGGAACGACUCCUCACCAAUGCUGAACGAGGGAGGCGGAAGCUCACAGAAGCCACCGGAUGCGGAGCUUGCAACCUGGAUCAGGAAACAGUCAUGCAUGUGUUGCAGGACUGCCACUUUUCCAGGUUAACUUGGAUGCAACUCAUCCCACCUUCUGAAUACCACCGAUUUUUCAGAGCUAAUCUGCAGGAUUGGAUUGAGCAUAACAUUAAAAAAGAGCACACAUUCUUGGAGUUCGGCCUUACCUGCUGGUCUCUUUGGAAGACUAGGAAUGAUCGAGUCUUUGCAGGCAAGAUCACUAUGACUGAGGCAUUUCUACAGCGCGUCCAGGCAUGGAUAACUGUCGUGAGGCAAGCCUUGGACAAGGACAGGAUCAUUCACCAACCUAGUCCGCCCAUGAGAACGGAGGUGGAGAUCUCUUGGAAGCCGCCACCUCCAGAGUGGGUAACCCUCAACACCGACGGCUCCGUUCACACUGUCAUAGGCCAUGCUGCAGCCGGUGGCCUGUUACGAGAUCACUCUGGAAAAUGUCUUAUGGCAUUUGCGUUUAACCUGGGUACUUUCUCUAUAACCCGGGAGGAGUUGAGGGGCGCUGUGGAAGGACUUCAGUUGGCUUGGGAUGCUGGGUAUAAGAAAGUCAGACUAGAGCUUGACUCCAAAUGUGCGUGCGAGCUGCUCCAGAGCACCGAGCCUAGUGAGCAUCCCCAUGCAACCAUCUUUGAUAGAGCUGUUGAGCUGCUGAAUGAUAGAGAAUGGGAAGUCAAUGUCUCCCACAUAUAUAGAGAAGGUAAUAAAUGUGCUGACUACCUUGCUAGUUGUGGUCACCUUGUACCAUUGGGUCUUCAAAUGUUUCCUCUUUCCGAUCCUACUCUUUGUAACUGGUUGCUGUACGAUAUUCAGGGGAUCUCUGAACCCCGGGUGGUUUUGAAUGAAAGGUAG